AUGAACAACGGCAGGCCGGGUCAGCCAUCGCAAGGUGCGACGCAUGAAUCCUUUCGUCUCUGGGUGACGACGGAGGAACACGACAAGUUUCCCAUCAACUUCCUGCAGAUCGCAUUGAAGUUCACCAACCAGCCGCCCGAGGGCAUCAAAGCCAGCCUUUCCCGCACGUACAGCGAAGUGACGCAAGACUUUCUGGACGCUUGUGUCGGUGCGCACUGGAAGAUCAUCCUCUACGCCAUGGCUUUCUUGCACUGCACGGUUCAGGAGAGACGCAAAUACGGUCCAAUGGGUUGGUGUAUUCCUUACGAGUUCACUAACUCGGACUUCAACGCCAGCGUUCAGUUCAUCCAGAGCCAUAUAGACACUUUGGAGUUUUCACGGCCCAGCAGUAAAAUAAGCGUAUGUUGCAUCUCACGUCUACUUACGUGA